AACAUUGCCAUGUAAAAAUUAUUUUACAAUUGAUUCCUUUUUUCGAUGUCAGUGAAAUUUUAGCAAAUAAAUGGCUUAUCUAAUCGAUAUUAAAUAUAAUUUAACGUGUUUAAGUUUGUUUUUAUUUAAACUACUUGAAAUAAAACACAAUAAAUGGUAUUAAAUAUUUAAAGUAAUUUACCGGCGGCAAUGUACAUCCGUAAUAAUUUGGCAGGGGCAGGUUAUUCCAAAAUGGUGGACGUUUGUUGUGCUUUUGUGUGAAUAUUGGAUAAAUUCCCAUCAUUUAAUGGUGUCCAUGUUAAGUCUCUGAUGAAGUAUUACAAUUAGACAAUUGUAAUGGAUGAAAACGAAUCUGUGUCUGAAAACCCCUCUGAAAGCCUUCCUCAGGCUUCAGGGGAUGCCGUUACGUGUGACAAACUCAGUGAUGCCGAACCAAACCCUGAAAAGGCAGCUGACACUGAAGAAAGUGUUGAAAACAUUGAUAGUGAAGUGAAAAAAGACAGUGAUGUGAACUCAAUUGAAAGUGAACCGGCUAAGGAUAGUGAAUUGCAGAAUCAUGUAGAUCAUGAUAUGAGUGUGGAUAGUGAAAACCCAAAGGAAAAUGAGGACAAAUCACAAGAAAAUGAUGAAGAGCCGCAAGAGACAGAAAAGGUUACAGAUCCAUCAAGCCCUGUACAGUCAGAUAGUUUAGAAAAAGAUGAGAUAGAUGCUAGUUCUAAGGAUUUAGUUGAUAUUGAUGAUAAGUUAAAAGAAGAAUUGACAGGUGAUGAUAGUCAAGAUACAACAACUAAUGAAAACCACAGUCAAAAUGAUAAGGAGGAUGAUGAAAACCACAGUCAAAAUGAUAAGGAGGAUGAUGAAAACCACAGUCAAAAUGAUAAGGAGGAUGAUGAAAACCACAGUCAAAAUGAUAAGGAGGAUGAUGAAAACCACAGGCAAAAUGAUAAAGAUGAUGAUGAAGGCCAGAGUCAAAAUGAUAAGGAUGAUGAUGAAAGCCAGAGUCAAAAUGAUAAGGAUAAUGAUGAAAGUCACAGUCAUAAUGAUGCAGAAAAGGAUAAGAAUGAUGAAGAGGUUGGUAAACCUGAAUUUGAGCAUGCCACUAAUGAUGCUAUGGAAGAAAGUCAAGAAGAUCACUCGCAGGCACUAGACCCAUUUGAUGCCCUAUUGAGGGAUAAUAACGAUUCUGGAACAAAUGAAACUCCGGCGACGUCGCAAGCUGACACUUCUAUGGCCCUAGACGAUGAUGAAGACCAUAAUGCCGAUUUCGAUGCUGACAAUAAUGAUGAUCCAUCGAUUGACGAUAGUGGUGUGACAGAGUUGGCUAACGAGCCUGGGGCAGAUGAAGAGGUUUGCCUGUUGCCUGACACUGAACGAGAGAUCUCGGAGGCUGAUAAGGCUGAGGCGGAAAAGGUCUUGGCUGAGAAGAGGAAACAGGCUGAAGCUGAAGCUGCUUUGGCUGCAGUUCCCAAAGAGGAACAUGUUGCAAUGGAGAUUGAUGAGCAAGACCGAAGUCAGACGGAACAGAUAGAUGGAGAGGUUGCCAAUGAAGAGACUUCACAGGAGAAUGGAGCGGAUAUUGAAAAUGAUAAAGAACAAGAAGACUUAGAGCAUGAGGCAGAGCAAGAAGCAACAGAAAAUGACAGCACGCCAAACACCAUCCAAGAGAUCAGCCAUUUUGAUGCAAAGUGCGAAGAAUGCGGGCUUGAGAAGCCUUGCUCCUACCGGUACAUGACGAAAGAUAACGAACGCCAUUUUAUCUGUGCACCACAAUGUCUCAAAGCUUUUGGUGAUAAACACCCAGAGCAGUACACUGUACAACGCAAGAAAUUCAUGAUUGAAGAGAUCAUACCCUCAGUUUGUGAAUGCUCAGAGUGUGAAGAAAAGAAAACAUGCUAUUUCUAUUACAAUUACGACGGAGAAGACACUAACUAUUGCUCAGUAAGCUGUUUAGAAAGUAUGAUGGGCGACGAAAAACACAAAUAUAUAUAUAAACGGAAAAAGAUACCCAUUGAAGAAAUAACACCCAAGGACGGUGAAUGCAGUGUUUGCUUAGAAAAUAAGAAGUGUUCGUAUGCUUUUAAGAGAUAUGGAGAGGAUUUGUUAGCGUGUGAACAAACGUGUAUCAAAAUAUUGAAUAAUAAAGAAAACGGUCGAUAUAUGAUAAGGAGGAAACGACAGCCGCGCAACACACAGUCACAACAGCAAGCAAAUGUGCAAGUCAAUCCACCACUAUUGAGGUUGAAAGUUAUUAGCAAUGCCACUGAUAAAUAUUUGGACGAGGCAUACAAAAUUCAGGCGAAAACCCCCGCAAUGGUGCAAGCUGCUAGGGAGGAAAGAGAGCGCACAUUUGUGCGUAGGUGUACACAGUGCAACUUAGUUCUCAGUACAGAAGAGAAACUUCUUUCAUGGGAAACAAUGGACUUUUGCGACGAGGUCUGUUUAGGAAAGUACCAGAACAAAAUCGGUUCUAAAUGUGCGAAUUGUAAAAACUCCGUUCAACAUACAAGUUUAGGGAAAUACUGUGUCCGGUUUGGUUAUGAUGUUCGACAGUUUUGUAAUUCUGGAUGUUUGGAGGAGUUCAAGAAAGGGCUGAAGAUUUGUUGUUACUGUCAAAGAGAUAUAUCUGUUGAUCACGAAGGUUUUUUGGCACCUGUGGGUGAUAAAGGGCAGUUUAAAGACUUCUGUUCUCAGAAUUGUAUGGAGAAGUUUGAUCAGAUGAGUAAGAAUCCCGUGCCGCAGCCGGUUUGGGCGAAAUGUGCGGUGUGUUCGCUCGAGAAAGCGACUUCUAUUGAGGUGGAAGCUGGGAAUGAUGUCUUGCAGAGGCUGUGCUCUGAUCCAUGUUUCGCAGCUUUCAAAUUCGUUAAUAAUAUCUUCCCAGACCAAUGUCGCUGGUGUAAAAAGUACUUUGAGCGAAAGCAAAGCAAAUGCUUCACCAUAUAUGAAUCAAAUACACCGCACUGUUUCUGUUCAAAGUCUUGCAUGAAUGUCUACAUUAGCAACUCUAGGCAUAUAGUACCUUGUAAUUGGUGCAAAGUGAAGAAGUACAAUUUUGAUUUGAUAAGACGGAUGCAACCCAACGGACAAGCAGUGAUGAUGUGUUCGCUCAAUUGUUUGAAUCUCUAUCAGGUGUCAAUAAAUGCUGUGUCGUCGAGAAGAACAAAAUGCGACCUGUGCAAGCGGACAUCGCUAGCCCAAUACCAUUUGACGAUGUCCGACGCGACGGUGCGCAACUUCUGCACCUACCAGUGCGUCAUGUCCUUCCAGGGUCAGUAUUCCAAGUUAACGCCUGCGUUCCUGCCGGGCGAGUCGGUGGAGCAACCGAAGGCCGUGCCCACCGGAGCACCACGACGCACUUACGCUAGUAAAUCUAAUUCAAACAAAGCGCAGCAACGGAACGCAACCGCACCAAUGCCGGUCAUCUCAAACGUACAAUCUCUGGCGGCGCCUCCCCCCCUCAUGCCCACCCAAGGCACACGCGGGAAAUCCAAGCGAAGAGCCAACGCGGAGCUCCCCCCGCCACCGCCGCCCGAGGCGGAGCCCCCCGCCGCGCCCAACACGCCCCCACCGCCGCCCAGACCCCCCACGCCGCCGCCGCCGCCGCCCCCUAAAAUAUACAACCACGUCAUCGUCAAAACUCUACCCCCGCAAGAGGUAGCCAACAAAGGCACCAUGUCUAAACCGAUGAUGGUUUCCAAAGGGGUUUCUUGUCGUCCUCAUCCAUGCACGAAAGAAUGCCAGACAGAUCCCAGUCUCGAAAGAAGGGUGUUAAUACCAAUCCCGGUACCUAUAUACGUACCGGUACCCUGCGCUAUGUGGUCUCUACCUUUCCCGGUACCGAUCCCUAUCCCUAUUCCGGUACCAACGCCGGUGUUUAUCCCGACUACGAGGAAUUCGGCGAAGGGUAUCAUGAAGGAGAUUAACAAGAUUCAUGACAAGAUGCCGACGGAUCCUUUCGAAGCGGAGUUGCUGAUGAUGGCGGAGAUGGUCGCUGGCGACAAGAAGAAGGAUCAGAGCGAUUCCGACACGGAUGAUGAUAACGAAGCGGAAAGUUUCAGUCCUGUUGGGGGCAUGGAUGGAAACAACGCGUUUGGUGAAGACAUGCUUCAAAUGGCUCUCAAAAUGGCGACUGAAUAUGAAGAUCAGCCUGUCGAUUUGGAGUCUGCUAUGACUGCAAACACUAUUACACCAAGUUCUCAUCCUGGCAUGCCUGGCCUGGAAGGCGACGGCAUGCAGCACCACCACCACAUGAUGGUGCUGGAGCAGCAGCGCGCGGUGGCGGCGCUGCGCGCGUCGUCGGCGGCGGGCGCGGGCGCGGGUGCGGGCCGCAAGCGCGCGCCGCCGCCCGCGCGCCCGCCGCGCUCCAAGCGGCGCAGGCAGGAGCCGCAGCCCGCGCCGCAGCCCGAGCCGCCGCGCGAGCCGCAGGAGAAGCCGGACGCCAACAUGUGUCUCAAGUACACGUUCGGCGUGAACGCAUGGAAACAAUGGGUGAUGACGAAGAACGCUGAAAUAGAGAAGAGCUCCAUACGCCGCAAGCCGUUCAAGUCGGAGAUACUGCAGCUGACGGCGGACGAGCUCAACUACUCGCUGUGUCUGUUCGUGAAGGAAGUGCGGAAACCGAACGGCAGCGAGUACGCGCCAGACACUAUUUACUAUUUGGUUCUAGGUAUUCAACAAUAUUUGUUUGAAAAUGGUAGGAUAGAUAAUAUAUUUACGGAUCCGUAUUAUGAGAAAUUUACGGAUUGUUUGGACGAAGUCGCAAGAAAGUUCUCAGUUUUAUAUAAUGACUCACAGUACAUAGUAACGCGCGUGGAAGAGGAACACUUGUGGGAGAGCAAACAGUUGGGCGCUCACUCGCCGCACGUACUUCUAUCAACACUAAUGUUCUUCAAUACGAAGCAUUUUAAUUUAGUGACGGUAGAAGAACAUAUGCAGUUGUCAUUCUCGCACAUAAUGAAGCAUUGGAAACGCAAUCCUAAUCAGCCGGGGCAGGCCAAGAUCCCCGGCUCGAGGAAUGUUCUGCUGAGGUUCUACCCCCCACAAUCUGCACUUGAAGCGAACUCCAGGAAAAAGAAAGUUUAUGAGCAGCAAGAAAACGAAGAAAAUCCUUUACGGUGUCCUGUCAAAUUGUACGAAUUUUAUAUUUCAAAAUGCCCAGAAUCGGUUCGCACGCGCAACGACGUGUUCUACCUACAACCGGAGAGAUCCUGCGUGCCCGACUCGCCCGUGUGGUACUCCACGCAGCCGCUGUCUCGAGCUCAGUUAGCCAAGAUGCUGCACAGGGUCAAGAUGGUCAAGGAGAUCAACAUCGCGCUGCUCACUAGCUAAGGUUUCCCCUGGCAGCCUGCUGACUCUAGAAAGUUCACGUCAUCAAUCUGUCAUGAGCCCUCCUGGAAUGGACAUUUAUUUACUGGUUACAAAGUGCCGCCAUGCUACGCCCAGUAAAACGCAAAGCAUUCACAAUAUUGUUGUAUUAAACACUAUAACAAUGUAUAUUUUUUCUACUUUGUAUAUCAGCCUACGUGAAUACGAUCGGUUAAUUUAGUACAUAGCGUAUAAUAGAUGUCUUUUUUUUAUAACGUUGCAAUGUUUUAGACGUAAGAAUUCUGUGCGGGACUGUUUUUAUAUGUACAGAUAAUAAUGGUUCUAGUUUUAUAAUAUAAAUUGCUAUCAUUACAAUCAUUAAGAAAAUGUGGCCGAACGAUUUUUUACGCAAUGAAUUUAUCAAGAUUUAUGAUCAAAGAAUGAUUUGGAUAUUUCAAAUUGUAUAUAAGCCAAGCCACUCAUUUGCAUCAUGUUCGCUGUCAUAGAAAAUUCGUGACUUAAUCUUCAGAAUUUUAUUAGGAAAGAGAUAAAUAAUGAUUACACUUGUGUAAUACAUGAAUAUUAUUAAUAUAAUAAUUAUAGAAUAGGAUGUAAGUGACAAAUUCCAACAUUUUUUUAAGUGGAAGACGCACUCUUUUAUUUAUAGUAGCAUUCGUUUUAUAAAUCGGGAUACAGUUAAAUUUCUCACAAAUAGAAUUUUUAUUAAAGAAAAUAAUAUAGCAUAGUAAAAGAGUCAGAUUCGUAUUAUAUUUUAAGUAUAAUGGCGUCAGCUGUAAGAUGUAGGUUAUUAUGAUGUGUA